AUGAAGCUCGUCCUCACCUUCCUCUACCAUAUCCUUUGUUUUCGGCUUGUGCAUGCCAUUAGUGUACAGGAUAUCCCCGUGUGCGCACAAAAUUGCCUCUCAAAUUCGACGUCUUCUCAGACAUCAUGUGCAGUGAUCGAUCUCGCCUGCCUCUGUACGAAUUCAGCAUAUGUCAGUUCAUUGUCUUGCUGCCUAGAUACCCAGUGUACUUCCGAUGAGCAAGCACUUGCAAUUCAGUUCAACAAGCAGGAAUGCGCUUCCGUCAACGAGACCGCCCCCGAUUUCGUGGGAUGCUCACCAGCAGGACUGUCGAGUGCUCUCGCUAGUAUGAGUCUCUCGCAAACCACACCAGCUGCAGGAACUACAUCGAUUCCACCAGCAUCAACGUCCUCUUCGUCGUCGAGCAAUCCGAGUCUCACGACACUCUCGGGUGACCCUGUGUCGGAAACAGCGGACGCAACAACCGGAAAGCCAGUAACAGUAACAGCUUUUGUUGGAGCACCACUGAUGACUGGCAGCUGCACAGUACCAUACUUUGUAAUAACAACAGAUGCUGCUGGAAUGGUGACUGAAUAUCCCAACGUUGGUUGUUCUGAAGACAGGCCAGAGUGCUGCCCAUACGAGUACGGACUCAAUGCGGCCAUCACAAGGUGUCCCCAGGACUAUUUCACCACCGCGAGUGCCUGUUGUCCACUUGGAUAUCAGAUUUAUUACACCGCUGUUGGACAGAACACCCCAUGUUACUCGUCGCCUGCGACGACAUUUGUCCCAGCGUCGACUCCGACGGUGGCCGGUCUGACCCUUAUCACCAACCACGUCUUCUCCCAGAAAUACUCACUCGUGACACCACAGCCGGCGAAAAGCAAGUUCCCGACCGGAGCCAAGAUUGCCAUUCCCAUUUCCAUCGGGGUCGUGAUCUGUAUCAUAUGUAUAGCGACCUUUUUCUGGGUCAGGAGAAGGCGCAAGGUGAGACGGGCCGCAGAGGCGAACCGCACGACUACCUUCCCACCCGAAGAGCCGGUACUCUCUCAAAUGUCCAUGUCGAGGGCGCCGACCGCACACGAGCUGGACAGCCCAGAGGCCCAAGCAGGUUCUCCAGGUGCUGUGGGAGUAGCAAACGGGUGGCCUAUAUUCCCGACAUCGUCACCGCCAGCAUAUGAUCAAAGCAAAGGAGUUCAGGCAGCUAUCCAGAAGCAACCGCCAUCGGCCCCACAGGAGUUGCCGGGAAGCACAUUUAUCCACGAACAUCACCCGGUGUUUUCGCCAACCGGCUCUGUGAGCACACCCACAGAAGCAACGCCCAGCUCGCCGCCAGGAACACCUGUGCGAGCUGCUUCAGCAGGAGCAGAGAAGAGGUCACCGGUGCUGUCUAGCCCCACGUCACGUUCAGAGACUCGAAGUCCAGUGUUCGUGUCGCCCUUGGGCUCUCCUAGGCUGCCCAAGACGGGCUGA